CGAAUGCCCGAAAAGUCUCAACAUGCAAGUUCAACAUCCGCCCCAGCCCCCGAGGACAACACCACCAUCGAGGCAGCCAUGAAGCGACGACCGAGCCGACGAAACACCGCCACCCGCUAUAUGCCGACCGACGCCGAGGAACGCGACCACACUCACCAAGUCCUCAUGUAUGACACCCCGUCAACCAAAGAUGCGAAAGCAGCUAAAGGAAUCCCGGCCGUGCACUCGUCGCAGGGCCACCUCGACAUGAACAACUCGUUCAUGACGUUUCGCCACAAAGCAUCGAUCUCAGCGCUUGCGUUGCUGCGCAACCCCCAGCGACUCUGCGCAGGCACCCAAGACAACCUGAUUGUGAUCUGGGAACUCGACGAGUUUUCCCCCGCGUUCUCGUUAGAAGGACACAGCCGGUCGAUCAUUGCGCUCGAAGUCGUGCCCGACUCACAAACACUCAUCUCGAGCUCGGCCGACCAGAGUCUCCGCGUCUGGGAUGGCAAGCACGAGUUUCAAUGUGUCCAGGUCAUCAACGGGUUCAACGGGCACAUUCUAAGCCUUAUAGCCACAACCGACACGCUCUUUAUGGCGAGCCAAGACACAUACGUGAAGAUGGCAUCGAUCGUGUCGCCGACCACGCCGCAUCCACAGCACACUGGACACAGCGCCGCGUCGCACGUGCUGGCCCCCCUCGACCAGUGGACCCUCGUCCCAAACCACCACGGCUACUUGUACGGCAUCCAUCUGUACGAUGACAAGUCGCACCGAAAACUGCUCUUCAGUUGUUCCAGCGACUCCACCAUCGCAUGCUGGGAACUGCCAAGCAUGGCAUACCUGACGUCGCUGCACGGACAUCGGGGCAGCGUCCUCGACAUCGUGUCGGUUGGCCACAAUCUGUUUUCUGCUUCACAAGACAAGACGAUUUGCUGUUGGGACAUCGAGAGCAUGCGCUGCAACGGCGUCCUGAAGGGCCACACAGCCGCUGUCCUGAGCAUAUGCUCCCUCGAAGACAAGAAUCGAAUCUGUUCGGGGUCUGCGGACGACACCGUCCGCAUCUGGAACACGCAGUCGCUGGCGUGCGUGCACACGUUGCACGGCCACCAUGGCGGCAUCAGCGGCAUCUUGAGCACGGAAAUGUUUGUGUUCAGCGCUUCCGACGACAGCACAGUCCGUGUGUGGGAUAUUGACUUUAUCUCCAACUUGACGAGCACAAACUCGACCGUAAAUGGCCCGCACCACGACACCGCCAGCCACAAAUUCAAGUUGGACGCCACACUCCUCGCCACGUCCAACAAGCAAACGUCGGACGCAUCCAUGAUUCACUUGCUGCGCAAAUUCGUGGCCAUUCAAACCGUCAGCGUCGACCCGACCAUGGUCGACGAGUGCUGGCUCGGAGCCAAGUUCCUCAAGAACCUGCUGAGGCAACUCGGCGCCGACUGCCGCGUCGUGCACUGUGGCCCUGGCAUCAAUCCGAUCGUGAUUGGGAAGCUCAUCCACGACCCCACCAAGCCCACCGUCCUCAUCUGCGGCCACUACGACGUCCAACCGGCGGCGCGAGAAGAUGGCUGGGACACGAAUCCGUUUCUCUUGACCGGGCAAAACGGGUACUUGUACGGUCGCGGGACAACGGACGAUAAAGGCCCGAUCAUCGCGACGCUGUUUGCGAUUCGCGAGCUGCUGUCGUCGUCGGAAGGGAUGGCGGUGUCCUUGCCGAACUUUAUGUUUUUGUACCAAGGCGAAGGCGAGAACCAAGCGCAGGGGUUCAAAGAAGCCGUGGAAGAUCAUUUGAGCUACUUUUCCCCUGUGGACCUCAUCUUUAUUUCCAACAACUACUGGCUCGGCGACCACACGCCGUGCCUCACAUACGGCAUGCGCGGGUGCUUGGAAAUUGAAGUCCAAGUCGAUGGCCCGGCUGUCGAUGUCCAUGCCGGCGUCGACGGCGGCGCGAUUCGCCAGCCCAUGUUGGACCUUGUCGCCCUGCUCAACGGGAUCCUGGAUUCUCGCACGGGCCGGUUCACCCAUCCGGGGUUCUACGACAACGUUCGACCGGUCACCCCCGACGAAGUUGCCCUCUUGCACCAUACGCUGUCCGACUUUGACGUCGAUACGUACAAGCAAACCCUCGGCGUGCGCGAUCUCCUUCCACCAUUCCUUGCCAACGCGACGACGAAUUUAUCCGUGAACGUCCUGAUGAACCGAUGGCGAUUCCCGUCCGCGUCCGUGUCGGCCAUCAAGGGCAGCAUCGACAACAGCAGUAUCAUUCCACGUGCGGCGUGCACCGAGUUGACUCUUCGGACGGUACCGGACCAGAGCCCGGAAGAAAUGGAGGCGCUCGUGCUGGCGCACAUCCGUGCUCAAUUUGAUGCGCUCGGAUCGAGCAAUACGCUGUCACUGCAUGUCAAGGCCAACGUCCCAUGGUGGCUCGGCGAUCUCGACAGCGUGAGUGUCGCCAUUCUCUUGAACGCUGUGGAAUCGAUCUCACCGGUUGUCGCGCUGCAGGGCUACUUCAAGGCGGCGGAACGAGCGCUGGAGAAGCACUGGAAGAAGAAGCCGAUGAUGGUGCGCGAAGGCGGGUCGUCGCAGAUCUCCAUGUUGCUCAAGACAACGCUGCAAGCACCCGUCAUGCACUUUCCAAUGGGCCAAGCGUCCGACCGCGCGCAUCUCCAGAACGAGCGAAUUCGGCUACGCAACCUCCGAACCGGGAAAGACGCCCUCGUGGAUUUCUUUGCCGCAAUUGCCACUGACGCCUCCAUUGCCAAAACCACUCCGAGUCGGCUGGCACCAGCGGCCGGCCUCUCGCCGUCAUUCGAAUCGUAAUGCAAACCCUAUCACUCGUCCGUGUGCUUUUUGUCGCCAUCGACUCUGUGAUGUUGUUGCUUUCAUGGUUGGGAUCGGAUAUUUAGAUCUUGGGUGUCCAACGGUGGCUGCGAAAGAGUGGUGGGCAACGCUUCGGCAGAAAGAUCGAGGGCGAACAG